CAUGGUCGACGAUGGUGGAGAGAGAAAGAGAGAGGGAGGAGAGAGAUAAUCGAGUCGACGGAAAAUAUGCUUAAAUGUAUCGAGAAUUGUUGCGCGCACAUCUCUUUGCAGGCACCGUUAAUCGAUCCGUAUGGUACGAUGAAUCGUCUGCGUUCGUACAAUUGUUUACGACGAAAUUGUUUGGCGGUAACGUUCGCGUGAUCGUUCGUAAUGGGUAUUACGGUUGGUAAAUAUUUCUUGGCGAGACACGGGUUCGACGCAUUGCUGCGAAUUAUAUUGAUAGGAUUAUUUGUUGAAUUAGAGAAAGCAGAACCAUUUACUAGAAAGAUUCACGAUGACGAAUUAUGGUUGUAUAAGAACCCAAGAACCGAUUCCUACGUUUCGACGUCCGUAUUAUGGCCUUUGGUCUUCAUGAUGCCAGCUGUAACGAUUCUGUGUUUUUACACAAUUUACAAAGACGGUACCGAUUUGUUGCAAGCAACGUUGUCUGUGACAUUGGCAUUAGGUUUGAACGGCGUCAUCACAGACGUUAUAAAGCUGAUAGUCGGUCGCCCUAGGCCAGACUUUUUCUGGAGGUGUUUCCCCGACGGCAGAACGAAUCCAGAUUUUAAAUGUAAUGGAAAUCCGAUCGCCGUGAAAGAUGGAAGGAAAUCGUUUCCAAGCGGGCAUUCCUCGUUCGCGUUUGCGAGCUUUGGUUUCAUCGCGCUCUACGUAGCUGGCAAACUACACACGUUCAGUUUGCUAGGCAAGGGACAAUCGUGGAAGUUGUGCGCGUUCAUGUUCCCAAUCUGUAUCGCUCUUGUCAUUGCAUUGAGUAGAACUUGCGACUAUCAUCAUCACUGGCAAGACGUAGUCGCUGGCUCGGUGAUUGGAUACUUUUUGGCCCACGUGUGUUACAGGCAUUAUUAUCCGCCAUUAGAUUCCCAGGUGUGUGACAAACCGUACGCUGCUCUCGCACGUCAAAUCCAGUUGGAGAGCACGAGGAGCAAGAACGACCAAAUCAAAUGGAUUUAACGCGAGAGAGCCGACUAAUUCCAAAGUCGCGUUUCAUUCUAUAUACAAUUUAAUUCCAUUGUUUUUUAAUCGAUUUACAAGUUUAACGGGUGGUGUGUGACACGCGGUAGUUACGAAUGUAUUGCUUUAACGAAUGUAUUGUAAAUACAUGUUUUUCGUACUGAAAACAAUGAUCAAUAAAGAAAACCUAUAUUUCGAUA